GUUGACAUCCGCUGCUGCUAGUGGUUGCGGUGAUUUUUAGUGCGAGUGUGAUUUCCACCAACCGCGGUCCUAUAAGUGGCAGUUUGUUGAGUUCGUUCGUUCAAACGACAUGCAACAUGGUGAUAGUAAGUGUGUAAGUGUGCGUGAAGUGGAAAUAUGAAAUAUGGAGCAAAAAUUUUACGACCAUUGUUUGUGAUUUAUGGUGCAUGGGGAGGUUUGUUUAACUUUCAACCUGUUGCAUCUGCUGCUUCAUGUGCUCUAGGUGGUUUUUCCGAUGUUCGUUGAAUGUAAUAUUAAAGCCAAUAGAGUGAUCGCUUAUGUUAUGUGGAGCUUACUCUUGGAGAAUACUGGAAGCUAAAAUGAGCUAGGGAAAUUGGCCGUGUGUUUGAGUGGGGUGUGUGUGUGUGUGUGUGCGUGCCUGUGUGAGCGUCUGUAGCUGUGUAGUGUAAGGUGAGAAGAAAACAAACAAAUCGAAUCGAACCGACAACUCAAUCACAAUGGUAAGCGAAAACUACACGCUGAUGCUGAUGGAUGCGACGAAUCGGUACAAUCUGUCUGCGUUCAGUACCGACGCCGGUCCAACCAUGUCGCACGAGGACGAGACGGAAAUGAUCGUCUCCACGAUAGUGGCGAUCUUCUUCGGCUUUAUCGGUAUUACUGGGCUGCUGGGGAAUGCGCUCGUCGUGCUGGUUGUGCUGUCCAACCCACAGAUGCGCUCGACGACCAACCUGCUUAUCAUCAAUCUGGCCAUCGCGGAUCUGCUGUUUGUCGUGUUCUGUAUUCCGUUCACUGCCACCGACUACGUGCUUGCGUCCUGGCCGUUCGGCGAGCUAUGGUGCAAGAGCGUCCAGUACCUGAUCGUCGUGACGGCACACGCUAGCAUCUACACGCUCGUGCUGAUGUCCCUGGACCGAUUUCUGGCCGUGGUUCAUCCGAUCGCGAGCAUGGUCAUACGCACGGAGCGAAAUACCGUGCUGGCGAUAACGAUCCUCUGGGUGCUGAUCAUUACCACCGGACUGCCAGUGUCGUUUGCGCACGGGAUCAAUAAGUUCAAAUACCACGACCGGGAGAUAGAGACAUGCGGCUUCCUCGAAAAAGAUAGUCCCUCCUGGGCCGCCUUCCACAUCGCGUUCUUCCUUAGCUCGUACGUGGUCCCGCUCAUACUGAUCAGCGUCCUGUACAUGUGGAUGCUGUCCCGGCUGUGGCGAAGUUCGGUCGGCGGUCGCUCAGCCGAAUCGAAGAAGGGCAAAAAGCGCGUUACCCGUCUUGUGGUGAUUGUGGUGGCAGCGUUUGCUUCAUUAUGGUUUCCCAUACAGGUCAUCCUGGUCCUAAAGAGUGUGGACAUCUUUAAACCCGACACCCAUUUUAAAAUUUCACUACAAAUCGUCUCGCACGUGCUGGCAUACACGAGCUCCUGUAUAAACCCGCUGCUGUAUGCGUUCCUGUCCGAAAACUUUCGGAAAGCAUUUCGUAAGAUUGUUUACUGUGGACCGGGGAGCCGCCGCCAGGGCAGCCAGCGACAUAUGCCACUGCCAACGAAAACGACGCGAACCGGCAGCUGUCCAGACAUUUUAUAACCGGAAACAAUGGAGGAAACGUCCGUCACCUUCGUUUAAUACACUCUUUGUUUUCGCACAGUGCAGCCCACUGUCUCCGUUUUAUCCUGUCCUCGACGGAUCAUCAGCACAGCGGCACAAGCUUCUACGAAACGGUUCAAACCGAUGGCUUAAUAGUAAUGCAAACCGAACCAACCAAUCGUUACCAUAAUCACUCUUAUCAUCACCUUCAUUAUGAGCGGUAGUAAUUAACAGAUCGUUUGGUACCGUAUGAUGCGUUAAUAGUUAUCGGCAAAAUGAGCACAAUAUCAUGCCCAAUGUCUUACUUUAUUCACUUUCAGCUGUAUUGUAUGAUGAUGCGCUUGAUCGUUACAAUACGAUACUGUUUACAAGUUUACAACUAUUUUUUUAAGCGAUACUUUACCUUCUGCUAGCAAUGAUCUAUCAAAAGCGUGUAAAUGAUAGGGUUCCGUUCGGCUGCGGCAAACAAGCACAACGAUUUACAAUAACUCGAAAGCAGUUUAUGGUUGCAGAUUAAACAAAUCAGCCACUUUAUCCGAGAUGUUUCCUAUUGUUAUUAAACGUUAAGCAACGAACUGAACAUAUUCAGUCCUGAUACAGGAUACAUUGGGGUCGGGAAACGAUGAGAGCUAAAUCGAGCUAUGGCUAUUGUGAGUGGUGUUAGCCAUUUAGAAGCGCCACUAAUGAGUAGUAAUUACGAUUCAUUCGACUAACAACCAGAAACGAAGUAAAAUAGAACAUUUCUAUGUGUAAAUAAUUGCAACUAAUGCUUGACAAACAAUAUUGAACGGCAGUGGUUGGUACGUGCGCCAGGGAACAAAACCAAAACAUAAUAUGAAAAAACACUGUACGGACUUGUUUCUCGCAGUACAGUACAUGAAAUGACGUGGUGUUAGGAAAAUAAUUGAUAGUUGGUUUCAAAUUUACCAUUUCAGUAAAACAUAAUUCCUAGACUAAAGACUCAAAUAUGAGUUACUGAGCAGAGCGUCAUACAUCCGACGAACUGCGUGGUAAAAUUAUUCUGUGCAUGUAUAGCGUAACAGGCACUGGUGGUUCGUUGCUUGUGGUGUGACUUUGCUUUCAAUCGACUGAGGCUGGAAAAAUGAGCCCCACCGGUGUUCUGCGAAGAUCCAGUGCAGCAAUGGUUUGUGUUUACGUAUGAAAAUACCUAACAGAGACGUAAAAGUGAAGGAUACCGUGAUUUCCCAUGUUUCGUUCGCGUCUGGCACUCUUGUAGGAGCACCUGUGCCGCUUACUCCAUGUUUUGCUCGUGAUGACUACCAAACAUCGAUUCGGAUUUGUUUCAGGCCACCGUUUGAGUUAAGUACGUGACAUCAAUCAAACCAAGCGUACUAGCGGAUCACAACACCAUUCCGGUACACGUGUUGGCGCGUUGAUCCGUGAUAAACCACUUUGUACAGCCUCGCUGUAUGGACAGAGAAUAGUGUCGCAAACAACGCCAGCCAAAAAGGGGUACCAGAUUGUAUGCUGAUGCUCUCUGCAUUCCGCAUUUGUGCAAAGUUAAUGCUGAAAUUUGGCCGGCACCACGUUUAUGUCUCUAAAACGCGCCCCGAUAUGUGCAUGCUCGCUAAGCAAAAGCUGUCGCAAAGCUAUUUUCAUCAACAUCGCCAUCGUCAAAAUGAUCAUCAUCAUCGUCCGCAUACUGUUUGCCGUUUGGUUUUGCAAAAUGAGGGAUUUUGGAAACUUCGGUGACAGUUUGCUAUCAAAGUUCCUUCUCACCAUUCUGGCGCACAUAAGGGUAACGGACGCAUCGAAAAAAAGCCAUGCUGGGUUCUAAUGUACGCGUGGUUCAGAGUUUCCCGAACGCCAUAAAUCACUCCUCACUGUACUCAAAAAUACCCAUAUCAACACAACAUCAUGUGCGUCCCGAAAAUGGAAAAUGGCACCGAAAGCAGCUUCCAUGACGUGGACCCGGGCUUGUAUUUCUGCACUUGUAGCAGUGUGAGCUUUCCCGUCCAUCAACCAACCAAAAAUUGGCGUAAAUAAUUGUCCUUCGAUGAACAAAAAAGGAAUAUACGUGAAAUUCCUGCACUGCACGACUCAAAAAAGCAAACUCCAAAUAACCAUGUGCUUUCCUGUCGUUUUGUCGUUUGUUUUGCCAUCCCCUGGCUAGCUGCUGCAUGGUACUUCCUUUUAUAGCAAAGUCUAAUCAGCAAACCAUUUCAAUGAACUCCUUUUCACAGAACACCACUCUUUAAGCCUCCGGUUGAAAGCAAAAUCCACACUGAUAUCAACGGGGUAGAUUUAUCAGUGCUGUAGUUGGUAAGCGUCCGGUAAAAGUACUAAUUAGUGUUUUUGUUACGCUUUUCAAAUGGAAAGCCUAGCAGAAAAUAACCUGAUGCGGCAAACGAGUGUGUACAAAAGUAUCUACAGUAUCCGAGCCGAAUGCCAAUGUUUUGUUAGCGCUGUACGUAAAUUACACUGCUGUACACGAAGCUACUGAUUACAGCGUUAGAGGUAAAAAGCAGCGCGUGCGUGUGGACGGAGUGAUAAAACUUCAGUAAAUACGUUCAGCUAGAUAUCAAGAGAUCCGUCUCUAUUGGUAGAGUUGGAGAACUUUUGUGAAAAUGUAUCCGAACGAAAAUUGUAAUUUGAAUAAUAUUAAGUAUAGUAUAGUGUCUCAAAGCAUGCAAAAAGGUAAGGUUGCGGAAUCAUAGUAGAAUACAAAUGUAAAAUAAAACAAACAUACAAAGUCCAAGUUAAAGUAUCAUGAAACAUCGGUCAUGGCUUUUAACAAACAAAUAAACGUACUAUAAACAGUUGAAUGAAAUUUGACAUGGUUAUUGAAGCUAUUUUUACGCACUGGUAGUACGAAACAUAGAAGAUAAAACAAAAACCCCGAAAGCAGUACCCACUUCCCGCAAUGAUUGUAAAAAUGAUACAGGACGAUCAGAGUCGAGGAUUAUGGGCGAAUGUGUGUUUGAUGCGAGUCAGUAUAGCAAAACUUUAUCAAUUUAUCGUUAGGUUAGCAUGUAACAUAGCUGGCAGCUGUUGGGUUUUGCGGUUGAAGCGCUUCAACGACUUUCAUACAGGGAGUGAACAGCAAGCGAGGAAACUAAACAGCACAUACACUCCUGUUUAAUCCAAUGUACGGUAGCUCCAGUGAACGUAUGAGUAUGUGAUGUAAAAAUUGAACGAGAAAUACAAAAAUCAAUAUCAAAUUUGCCCAGUCGCAGGGACUCUUUUUAAGUUUGAAUUCAAUUAAUCAUCGAAAUGAAAAUUUCCUAACAAACCAUGAAACAAGGGACAAGGCGUUGACCCAAGAACAGCAUGCAACCAUUCAAUGAAACCAUUUGCGCGUGCUGUAAGGAAAAAGUGAUUUUUUUUAGAUCUAAUGAAAUAACAAUUCAACCAAACUAUUAACAAAUGCAACCGUACAGGGUCUGAAAAAUUGGACAACCGAUUCGAUAGAGAAACAAAAUCUUUUCUUAGCCAAGUCAAAUUAACUAACGCGAUCAGAGAGAUCGCUCAUUGAUUGAAUAGUGUACGAUAAACAAUUUUUAAAGUCUAUCAAACAGUUGAUACAAUAAAACUUUGCCCAAAAAGCAUCA